UCAUUUCCAGUCGAAUGAAAAUCUUCGGGUCUGGAAAAGUCUGGGUGAAAAUUCAAUAAAAAUGAUUAAUCUACUUUUCUUAUUUAAUGGAGAUUUGCCAUUUUUCAUCGUGCUAAUUUCUAAGGACGUAACCAAGACUGUCCGUGUAACUUUUGUACCACUAAUGGACGCUUAAGAGUAUAUACAUAUUCCUUUCGUACAUAUUAAUAGACGUACGAGAGGGUGUGUAUAGGAGCCCCUUAGUCAAAGGAUUAAAGUGGCACAUCCUGUCGGCAGGCUGGUUUGUUUGGGUUCUCAUGUAGCAGGCUACAUCGAUAGAUUGCCUCUGUUUAUGAAGUCGCUUGUAGAAGGCGGAGCGAAGCGAGCAAAGCACGUGGUGCUCAUGGAACGAAGAACUCGUCGUGCCUCAGUUACCUUUCGACCUGUCAACAAUAGACGUUCCGCGUCGCUCGCUUCUCUCUCCAACCGUGCCGUACGAGCCUCGUUCAGUGAAAGUGAAUCUUUUCUCGCGUACGGUACACUAGUUUCACCGAAUGCUUUUAUUCUACUGUGGAUACCACGUUCAAUUGUUUUAUCGCAUUGUAAAGUGACCGUAAAACUUCGUCCGAAGUGUGCGAGAAGAUGGUGAGAUAGUGUUUACAAAGUGAUAACAUCAGUGAAAUAGGCCGAUUUUUAACAAAUUUUCCAUAAAUAUCAUCGAGGAUAUCAGUGUUUUACAUUGUUUUAAUCUGAUACUUAAAAAGAUUAACUUACUUUCAUGGUUUGUCUAGAAAUUGUUUACCGCAGUGGUAGCACGUAUCGAGCCGCGUUUUCCACGAAACGACAGCCAAUUUAUUUGAAACACUUCUUGACAAAGGCACGGCAAAAGUGCCAUGCUGUGUCUCGUACGGAGUCGUAUCGAUCACGGUACCUGAACUACGUGAAAUGAUACGAAUAUAAGUUUUACUUUUUCGUGGUAAACGUUCCGUUCGUUGAAGAUUCUUCCGAGCUCUCGUGCUCGAUUAAUAUAUGGCUCUAUCGUGUUUCAAAUACUCGUGAAUCUUGGCUUCGACUCGUGUACCUACAUAAUGCAAGCAGCGUAUCUAGUUAAUAUUCUUUCAAGCUCUCGUGUUCUCGUAACGUAUGAUUUUAUAGAGCUCCAAAUACCAGAGCACUUUGGAUUAAGUUAAUGUUUACACACGGCGUGAACGUCAUUUUUUAUUUAAGAUUCUUUCAACCUCUCGUAGUCGUGGAAAAUGCGACUCUAUUGACUUUAAAAUAUCCAAAUAUGUGAGCGUUGGGUUGAUAGUGCAGUUUUCUAGCAAUCUAUCUUUCGCAAUAGUCUACUUUGAAUCACAUUCUUGAUUUCAAAUAGUUCACUGAGGGAUCCGAAGGAGAUGGUUGUUAGUUUGUGACUGAUAUUCUGGAUGACGGUCCAUUAAUUAUGCUCUUGCUGCUAGAGUAACGAGGUCGCGAUGGUCGAGUGGUUUCUUUAACGAAAACCCAAGCCUCAAAGUGAUAUUUUCCCGUUGAUCAACGCGAUCAGACACCUUUGAAUAUCUUCUCGACGCUGGAGUUGAAUAAAAUUCGAAAACAAGAAACAGAAUAUUUUACUGUGAUAUCUUUUAUUACUGCUGUUCUAGCGUGGAGAACACGCUUCCAAAGCGUGGAAAAAUUGCAAUAAAAUAGAGUGUAAUCAGUAUCGUGAACAGUUAAAUUCAAGGAAGGAUUGGUUGAAAAAAUUGCAGGUUUUCUACAUAAUGUGCACGUAACGUUUCAUCGAACGACAGUCGCGUGAGUGGAAUCGAUGGACGAGAGGCCACGUUUAUCGCGAUCCGCUCAUAAUCGUGCUUGCAACCACAUUGCCGAUCGAAAACCGGGACAAAUGAAUUCCUCGAAUUUCUUCUCCAUACUCGUAAAAUGAAUCUCGCGGCCAAUUCGACGCGACGUAACGAUGUCCAGUAUUCGCGGAUCGUUUUUCAUCGCUUUCGAAUCAUUCUCGACCGAAUUGUGUGCCAAAAUCGGUUGUUCGAAUUAAACGACGGAAGAACGACGAUUCGGGGCUGUUCUCGUUUCCAGAGAUUGUUUAUGACGCUUGCUCGUUACAGAAUUUUAUUCAGUUUUAAACGAUCCCGUCAACUACCCUCGAUUCAGCAUGAAUUUACACUCUAGAGUUUGCAAUAACAAUCGCCUUUGUUACCUAAACUCCUUAACGAGUUUCUUUUCGAGCGUAGACUAGAAAUUCUGACAGCCUUCUCUGUUACCCAACGCGUUUCGAACUUUGUCAACUCGCAAUAAUUCGUUCUUCCGGUAUCAGACUGAUCGAUGAAACGAGCUAACGAGAAUCGGCGAAAAUUCGGCUCGACCGUGGACCACGCGUAACGAUCCUUGGCCCUUCGAAUAGUUCACAUCCGGUCGAGUGAACGGACAAACGGAACGUUUCGUGCUCGGUGAUUGUCGAGAUAAUACGACGCAGUGUGUAAGAAGAGGAAGAUAAUACGAGACGAAGAUCGAAGGGAAACAGGGAUGUUCGACCUUGGUGGAAGCAGAUCUCGAGGGUUAUUUUAAAAAAAAGAGGGACAAGGCCGCUUAUGGAACGGCACGAUCAGAAAGGUUCUCAGCGAGGCUGAAGCAGCCUGAGAAUCGAAAGGUAAAUAAGCGCGUAUCAGGUAGAUACCGGAUGACAGCGGAAACGAAGGAUCCAACGAGUUUGUAAAUCUGUUGGACGAGGUAUUAUGAACCUAGAAUGGACAUCGAGUUCUCUGUUGCCCGUGGAGAUUGAGGUAUGGCCGCGGUAGCCGGCAUCUAUGGAUUCGCUGAGGACCGACACGUCAGACAUACCGAACAUCGCCAGCAUCCAUCGCUGCCGAAACUCAGCAGCCAGGACGAGGAUGGGCCGAACCCCCACACCCAAUACACAGGCGUCACGCAUUUCGAGCCCAUUCCGCACGAUCAUGACUUUUGCGAGAGGGUCGUCAUUAACGUGAGCGGGCUAAAGUUCGAGACGCAGCUGCGUACGCUGAACCAAUUUCCGGACACGCUGCUUGGCGAUCCGUCACGGCGGCUACGAUACUUCGAUCCGCUUCGCAACGAGUACUUCUUCGAUCGGAAUCGGCCAUCCUUCGACGCGAUACUUUACUACUACCAGAGCGGUGGUAGGCUACGUCGUCCUGUCAACGUUCCUCUCGAUGUCUUCUCCGAGGAGAUCAAGUUCUACGAGCUGGGCGAAUUGGCUACCAACAAAUUCAGGGAGGACGAAGGAUUCAUCAAGGAAGAGGAGAAGCCGCUGCCGUCGCACGAGUUCCAAAGGAAGGUCUGGCUGUUGUUCGAGUACCCGGAGAGUUCACAGGGUGCCCGUGUGGUUGCCAUAAUAUCCGUGGUCGUGAUCCUCCUGUCAAUCGUGAUAUUCUGUCUGGAAACGUUGCCCGAGUUCAAACAUUACAAGGUGUUCAAUACGACGACGAACGGCACGAAAAUCGAGGAGGACGAAGUGCCGGACAUCACCGACCCGUUCUUCCUAAUAGAGACUAUUUGUAUCAUCUGGUUCACGUUCGAAUUAUCGGUGCGCUUCCUCGCCUGUCCAAAUAAACUGAACUUCUUCCGUGACGUAAUGAAUAUCAUCGACAUCAUCGCGAUCAUUCCUUACUUCAUCACUCUGGCCACCGUUGUGGCGGAGGAGGAGGAGACGAUCGAUCUGCCGAAGGCGCCGGUAAGCCCGCAGGACAAGAGCACGAACCAGGCGAUGUCCCUGGCGAUACUCAGGGUCAUCAGGCUUGUCAGGGUGUUCCGGAUAUUCAAACUGUCCAGGCACAGUAAAGGCCUUCAGAUCCUCGGCCGAACCCUCAAGGCCUCCAUGAGGGAACUCGGCUUGCUCAUCUUUUUCCUCUUCAUCGGUGUGGUGCUAUUCUCGUCGGCGGUAUACUUCGCGGAGGCCGGCUCCGAGAAUUCGUUCUUCAAGUCCAUUCCGGACGCGUUCUGGUGGGCCGUUGUCACGAUGACGACCGUGGGCUAUGGUGACAUGACGCCGGUUGGAGUAUGGGGGAAGAUCGUCGGGUCUUUGUGCGCGAUCGCUGGUGUACUGACGAUCGCCCUGCCUGUUCCCGUCAUCGUCUCCAACUUCAACUACUUCUAUCAUCGUGAGACUGACCAGGAAGAGAUGCAGUCGCAGAACUUCAAUCACGUGACCAGCUGCCCGUAUCUCCCUGGCACUUUAGGUCAACACGUGAAGAAGAGCCCGAUGUCGGAAUCGUCGUCGGACAUAAUGGAACUGGAAGAGGGCAUACUGCUCCCUCAUCCUGAGAUUACGAAGAAGCCCAACUGCAACCCUCGCCAUAAUAACAAUAUUAAUCCAGCCUGUAUGAGCAUCGAGACUGACGUCUGACUACUAGUGAAGGAGACGAUGGCAACGUGGUGGCCAGUGCUGGGACGGUUGUCGAAGAACGGCUACAGUUCCCUUCGGUGCCUGACGUAGGCCUCCUUCACGCGUCGUCGUAGUCGCGCUAGCUGCGCACUGCUAGCGACUAGCGCGUGUACGCGUGCGCAUUAUAGCACGCGUUCGCGCGCCCCGUCUGUCCAAUAGUCUGUCGUCAAUACGAGGGGUGCUUCCAAUCCAUUAUUACGCGUCAACGAGAUACACAAAUGAGGCAAAGAGAAUGAAAUAGAAUGAAAUAGAAUGAAAGUGAGUAACGCAGAAAUUCAACGACCAAGAAUCGGCUGACUUAAAUAUGGGUGCCACAUUAUUUCUUCCAACGCGACGAGAGUGACGACCGAGUUGCAAUCCUCGGCGGGAUAGUUGAAGAAUGUCACAGAAAGAGGUAAAGAGAUAAAGAGGUAAGAAGAAUGAUCACAUGGGCAAAUGUCGAGAAGCGACGUUAAACGAUUAAACGCGUAACAAUAAGAGUAAGAUAUAAGGAUUCUAAAAAGAAGAAAAGAAGCAAAAACGGUAAUAAAAGGAGAGAAGAGGUGGCGGAUUUCAGUUUCGAGGUGAAACGGAAUCGAGAAACGAGACAGCCGCUUCGGAGGUGUUACGAUAAACACGCGCACCCCACGUAGGGACCUACGUGCUAAUUAACGGGGGAUGGUGUUGGAUAAACCUCUACUUGUUUCCCGAUCAUCCCCCACACCACCGACUCCAGUGUUCAAUACAAAUGAUAUAACAAAUAAAAAUUAAAAAAGUAACAAGUAAACGAUAUUAAAAAAAAAAAUAAAAAAAAAAAAAACGAAACGGAAGAGUAUUAAAUCGCAGCGGCUUCGCGAGAAAACAAAAAAUAAAAAUAAAUAAAUAAAUAACGUCGUUCGAGCCUCUAAACCGCCCAAAAUACGGUUCAUGAAAAAUCGAGAUGAUACGGGGGUGGGGUCGAACCGGGCCGGCGACGAAACCAGGGGAAUCGUAUCAGAUAAUACUAAUUAAUUAUUAUCGAUGUAAAUUAUAUAUCGAGUAUACACGUAGGCGAUGGUACGUUAAAAAGAAGAACAAAAACUACAGCAUUAUUCGUUUUAAUGAUUACAACACUGCGCGAAAACGGACGAAGCCACGAUCGAGCGGAAGAGGAGAAGAAUAAAGAUACGGUGAAGGGGUUGGGAAGGGUAGGAAGGGGUGAAUUGAAGAAACGAAGAAGACUCGUAGAAGACCGUAGGCGUUGCACGGCGACCAGCUAACGGAAACAAGUGUGUAUUCCAGCGGAGAGACAAUUUUAUUUUUUCUUUUGCACUGAAGGACAAAAAACAUUGUUGUACGUAUUUGAACGCGAGAACCACUGGGAUGCAAUUUGUUUUUUGGAGCGUAAUAUAUAUACAUUCUUACACACACAGAGACAGAAACAUCUACGAACGUAGUGUAUAUUCUUAUGGACGUCUAAUGGUUGAGUCGUCGACGAUUGUGCACAAAUGAGGGUAAUUGUAUAGAAUAUGGUCUACUUUGCCUUUAUUUCAAUAACACUGGUACACGGUACGAAGGUCAGUGACCUAAAUAAUUUGUGUCAUUAGGGCCAAGCAUCAUCUGGAACUUGUUUCAAAUUUAAGUCUGUCGAGUGGAAAAUGAUACUUUGAUUCGAUCGAAAUAUUGUGCACGAUCGAGGACGCGAAUCAAACGAGGUCGAAUCGAUGAGAAACGAUCCGUAGAUAUGUUUCUGUGUGAAUCAGCGACUUGAUAUCGUGGGAGAUCGGUGCGAAAGGCUUGAUAAGUUUGAAAAACGAUCGAAAGGAAGAUGAAAGUGCGUGGUCGAGCAAUGUGGGCACGAGGAAAGCCGACUGGCAGGGUGGAAAGUUGCGAUCAAUGGCCGGAAAUGUGGUCUGCCGAUGGCGCGUGUAACCGUGUACGAAUAUCGCGACGGAUACUGUUUCUUUUAUUCAUUUGAACGCGAUUUUUAAAAAGGGAGGGAGUCAAGUAGUAGCGAAAGCAGUAUCACGCAAUGAUUCAUUUAGCCAGGCAGUGUUGUAAGAUGAUACAAACGAAAAAGGCUAGAGGAGAGACGGUGAAUGGUCCAGAAAUGUUCAUGUUUCCGGAAUUUUCGUUUUAUGAUUCGUUUACUGUGAUAAUUUCUUUUCAAAAAUAUUUAGUACGAAGUAAACUUCGGUAGUUAAAGAAAUGAUUGACGGUUCAAAAUGCGACAUUAAAGGCUGUGAUUGAACAAACGAGAGUACCGACAGAGAGAAAAAGAAGAAGAAACUAAAUGGAUAGACCAAUCGCCUCUUUCCCUAUCUCUUCGCUGUCGUCUCGAUGUUUCGCCUCUUUCCCCGGGCGAAGAAAGCGCAUCACAAAAAAAAAAAAUUAAAAAAUCGCCAAGACUGCCAUUUUACCAUUCUCAGUGAAAACGAAACGAAAGAAGCGUAAUAUCCACAACUUUUUCCGCUUAGAAUCGACCCUUCGAACACCGCGAGACGUACAACGGACCCCGAUCCAGACAUUUUCGUGAUUCUUGACGAAUUUUCGUCGCUUAGCCCGUUAAUUCGCGUCGAAACGCAAGGUGCAUCAAAGAACUUGAAAUUUCGAGUUUCCCUCAUCACGAUUCGUUGAAAGCCACGAGGGAGAAUGCUGGCGUUUCGAUUCGUCCGAUUCAGCGUAACGACGCGUCGCGAUUUAUCUUAUUCGCUAAAAGAAAUUAAUAUUAAUAAUAAUAAUAAUAAUAAUAAUUCUGGUAUUUCCGUUGUACGUGCCAGGUCACUGAUUAACAAAGACUCGUUCGUUCGAGGAAUCGAGCCAUCCCUAACGGAAAUAAUCCGACUACGAUGAAGCAGGAAGUCUGACGUUGCGAAGCAAGCCAGGAGCAUACAAUUAGUGGUAAACUAAAGAACAAAAAACGAUGAAACAAAAUAAGAAAAAAAUGAAAAUCGUGCGUAACUAGAGAAACAGAACGAGGAAAUAUAAAUAGGUAGGAUGCAAGUAAAGCAGAAACCCGUAAACAAAUGAGAAAAAAAUGAAAAAAAUAACAGCGAUUCCAUUAUUCGAUUAUACAGUUUAGGUAAUUUAGACGCGAGUUUUAUCGAGGGAUAUAUCUCAUCUCUAUCUUUUAUUAGACGAAAAGAAAAAAAGAAGGAGCAAGGCCAAGACGAAGCGAAAUUUUGGAUAUUGCCAGAAAAACGUGAACGAACGAGUGAGUGAGAGGCAGCGCGUAAUUGGUACGAGUGUUUUUAACCGAGAAAAUCAAGUAAAAAGUUUAUGAAUCGUCCGAAUGUUUGUCGAUGCGAUUGUUUGCAAAGUGAAUGCACGAAGAAUGAAUUUGAUCGAGCAAAUGCGACACGAGAGGAGCGAAACAAGGGUAAACAAAACAAUAAUUAAACAGAGAUUUACGUUUCACGCGCCUUUAUUACGAUAUUUGAACUUUUCGCCUCGCUAAUUUAGUUAGAGAAAAGAAAAAAAAUAAUAAAAGAUGGGAAACAUUUAUCGGAACUACCAGCCUAGAUAAUUCCAAAGAGAAGAGAAAAACAAAGUAAAUAAAAUAAAGUAAAGUUAACGCAAAUUAAGUCGGCAGAUGAUAAAUUUAUUACAUAAAUUAAAAUUAGUAUUACCGUUUAAAUUCUAUUAACUAAAAACCUAUUACUACUACUAUUACUACUACUAUUGUUACUAUUACUACUACUGUUACCACUAAUACUGCUACUGCUACUGCUACUACUACUCAUACUACUAAUACUAUUACCGCUACCGCAGAUACUAUCACUUAAAUGCAGCCACAACUCUAACUGUCACGAGUAAUUUAUCACAAGAACGACAACAAACCACCACUAUCACCAUCACUAUCUACUAUCUACUACUAUUACUCCUACUACUACUACUACUACUACUACUAUUACUACUGUAUAUUGUUACCACUAUCGAUAGUAGUGUGAUCAUUACUUUCGUUGUUGUUAUUAUCUACGUCUAUUACUACUACUACUACUACUACUAUUACUACUAUUGCUGCUGCUGCUGAUACUACUACUAUCGCUACAACUAUUAUUACUACUACUACUAACUACUAUUAUAUCACUAAUAGCGAUAUUAAAUACAAUCUACAAACUAUUACUGUUACUACCGAAAUUAAAGAGAUGGAAAAAAGUGAAUAACACGCUACGGCGAGCAGAUAUUUAGAUAAAGAUGAGAAACUACUCUGUUAGACGGUCGUAGCUGUUUAGAGGUGUAUAAAAUAGAUCUUAGAUAGAUAGUAAUGAAGGUAGUAUACAAGUGAUAGUUAACGAAAAAUUCCGAUCCCAUUCAGAUCGACACACGGCAGAGGGUGGUUUUCCAUAUUUCACGUCAAAAAUAAAGCAAAACAAAAAAAAAAAACAAAUAAAACAAGACAGAUAUUGUUAAUAUCGUUCGGUUCCCAUCGGCAGACUUUCGUCGCCCUAGAAAAAUAUACGAAGAAACGAACUUUCAGCUUUUUCUCACCUCGAUCGGGCUUUCGUCGUCGAUGAUCGCAGGCCAAACAAAACGAAAAAAAAAAAAAAAAAAAAAUAAGUACCUUUCUACGAUCGUUUGUACGUUUUCUUAACGGUCUUCUCUCAGGCGCUUUUUAAUCGAACACUUUCGCCCCGAAAUAAUCGUCCCCGAAGCGACUAACUUUUCUGUCCGAAAGAUUUUCACUUUUUCGAAUCGACUGCUCGCGUUCAUCAAACGAUCGAUCGAGUAUUAAGUAAGAAAUUCCUAUUUCAAAGUGGCAAAUGCCAUUUUAUAUACGUUGAUAAUGUGCGAAACGAGUGCUGAUGGUCGCCGACACCACGUUCUACCGUCAACGAAACGCGUUCUUUUCUUUUUUUCUACGAGAUCUAUAAGCAUACUUACUCAGCCCUGAAAACGAAACAACAACAACAACCCAAUAAAAUGUUCCUUCGCGACUGGAUGUCGGAUGUCGAACUUGUCGCUCUGCCAAACGAAACACCGCGCUGUUGGCUCGAUUGAAUGCGAUUUUUUUCAAUGGAAACUCGAUCGUUGCUUGUCGAUCGCGCUGAUUGCCCAAGCGUCCUUCUAAAGUAGAGAAGAUAAUCGAAAACGAAGAAGAGUGAGAAAAAAUAGUGUGAGCGAGAGAAAGUGUCGAUGAAGAAGUAGAGGUGAGACGGUGAGAAUGAGGAGAGAAAGAGGGAGGAUCGAAGCAGAUAAGAGUUGAGCAUGCAUUCCAAAAAGUAAUUAGGUGAAAAUUAACGGUAGAAGAAACGAAGAUGAGAAGGGAGUUAGUCCGCUACGAAGCUAGAUAACUUAUAUUCCGCUGUCGCCGCGCCGUAGAGAACGAACGAGAUCCGUUGUUACACUUGCACGCUAACUUUUAAAUCGUGAGAAACCGAGUGAAUGGACAGCAAAGCAGAGCAACACGCGUAGUCCUCGUGAUAGCAGGCUGGCUGGAGCGUAAUUAAGUGGAAAAUAUUGUAUGAGUAUUUGAAAACCUUAUGGCUGUACUGCCCUGGUUGCUAUGAUGAUAGCUAUUGCAGGUUUCCGGGUGUAAAUUGUGUCCUUUUGUUUCGCUAACAUUGCAGCAAGUAGUUUCAUCAAAGAUCUGAAUGUGCACUGAUACUUGUAUUUUCAAUACCAGUGACUAUUUCGAUCCCUGACAAAGGUAUCCGCGGUGUUGGUGAAACGUCUGAACCCAGAAAUCUCCAAUACGUACGAGUAAUUGUUUAGUGUUGGACACCCUCGUCGAGCAUCCCUUGCUGUGAAUGAUCUACCAGUUAUUCGAGUAGAAUUUGGCAGGUUGUUAAUUGGCUUUGUUAUUUAUUGUUGUCCCAGGUUUGUUAUUAGUAUAUGGAAAUGUUCUGAAGAAAAAAAAAAAAAAAAAAGGAACGAAAUUGUACCGAAUAGUCGAGACAAACAUAGUGCAGCAGGGAAUGGUCGAGCGACCGAGUAUUAUAAUUAAGGAAGAAACGAAAAUAGAAAAAGAAAAAAAAGAUAUACAUAGAAGCGAGUUAACGAGCGCUCGUAGAUCGAGCUGAUUCACGCUUUCAAGUGAUAUUAUUUAGAUAUAUUACGAUCGACGCUGAACAAACAACCAUUGAAUUACCGUAAAUAAUUCUUAAAUAACGUUUGUUAUCGUUCUUAAAUUUUCACUGAUUUCAGCCGGAUCGAGCAUUGGAUGUCAAA